GGGGAUUCAGGAGGACAUGGCUGCGUGUCAACGGAAAGUAAAAAGUUUAAAGUCAUAAUAUAAGAAGACUAAAGAUGCGAACAACAAAAGCAGGGCUGGGCGAACCAGUUGCCCAUUUUAUGAUUUAAUGAAUGAAAUCCUCGGAGGCAGGCCAAGCGUUCGUCCGUUGGCUGUCAUCGACAGCUCUGCUAACAGCGAUGAUGAAGUCGAGGAUGAGGCGGACAGUGAGAACGAGAAUGCAGAUGAGCCCACACAUCCUGAGACAGUUCAACCAGCAGACAGGUCUGUCAGUCCAGCAGUUGUGGUUGGUUCCCCACUACCAAGCAUCAGGAGUCCCAGCCCAGCAUCCUCUGUCAACAUCAGAUGUCCCAGCCCAGCAUCCUCUGUCUCCUCUGGAACCCCUCUGUCUCCUCUGGACCUCCCUCUGUCUACUCAGGACACAAGUGCCUAUUCAGCAACAUUUACUGCAAUGUCAUGCUGGACCACAACAAGCCAAAAACGUAAGAACAAGAUGGAAGCAGCAUUGGAUGUUUUUGCCAAAAAGAUGAGUGAUGUAGUGGAAAAAGAUAACGAAGUUCUAUUGCAGAUGCAGGCUGCACAGCACAAACACGACAUGUCCAUGAUGACCUUCCUUGCCCAGCUGAUCAAGGAUGGACAGUCUCAGCCUCCGGCACCUCAGCACGGUCACACUCCCCCAGUUCCACCGAGCCAACAUCCCACCCUUUCCACCAGAAGCAUCACAGCAACAGCAACCCUUCUUUCAGCCCAUAGCUCCUCCAUUGUCACCUGAUCAACAGGGGCCUUCACAGCCACAGCACACAUACCUGUACAGCCUACCUAAUGCUCAUCCAUGGUCUCUCCAAGGAGGAUCUCAGAUGUACCAAUAGGACCGACCAUCUUUUUUGAGAGACCUACUAGAGGAACCACUUUUCCCUCAAGGUCAGUCACAGCCAGACAGUGACGAAUGAUGGCUAUCAGAAAGGAGGUUAAUGGUUUUCAAGUUCAAGCUUAAGUUUAAGUUAUGCAAGUGAUGCAAACAAAGUUGAAGAAUAUUAAGUAUUUUACUAUUUUAUUUUUGUAAUUUAUUUCUGACAAAUGUCACUGUUUGUUUGCA